GGCUUCGCUCUCUCUAUGGUUUCCGGAAGUCUCACCGGAAGCCCUUGGCGUAAGAGCGUGCGGGGGUGUGAGGAGACCGGAAAUUGCGUCCUCAUUGCUCGCCGUUUCAAAAUGCUGCUGAGGCCUUAGGCCCUGCGACUGACACCCUUUCCCUCCACCCCCCGGGGCUCGGAGGGGGCGCGACCCAUGGAGAGGCCGUAAGUUACCAGCAGAUUUCAAUAUUCACUGCCAAAAUGACAUCACAUUCCACCUCUGCCCAGUGUUCAACUUCCAACAGUGCCUGCAGGAUCUCUCCUGAACAAAUAAAUCAGGUACGACCAAAACCUCCACUUUUGAAGAUAUUGCAAGCAGCAGGCGCACAAGGUGAAAUGUUCACUGUAAAAGAGGUAAUGCACUAUCUAGGCCAGUAUAUAAUGGUGAAGCAGCUUUAUGAUCAACAAGAGCAGCAUAUGGUAUAUUGUGGUGGUGAUCUUUUGGGAGAACUACUAGGACGUGAAAGUUUUUCUGUGAAAGAUCCAAGCCCUCUCUAUGAUAUGCUAAGAAAGAAUCUUGUCAUGUUACCUACCGCUACCACAGAUGCUGCUCAGACUCUGGCUCUCGCACAGGAUCACAGUAUGGAUAUUCCAAGUCAAGACCAACUGAAGCAAAGUGUGGAGGUAAAGCCCAGUUCCAGGAAAAGAACUGAAGAAGGUGAUAUUUCCACACUACCUAUCUCACAGCAUAAACGCAGAAAUUCUAGAGGAGAUGAAGACUUGAUAGGAAAUUUAACUCAAGAUGAAACAUCUAGGCUGGAACUUGAUUUUGAGGAGUGGGAUGUAGCUGGCCUGCCUUGGUGGUUUUUAGGAAAUUUGAGAAACAACUAUACACCUAGAAGUAAUGGAUCAACUGAUUUACAGACAAACCAGGAUAUAGGUACUGCCAUUGUUUCAGACACUACAGAUGAUUUGUGGUUUCUAAAUGAGUCAGUAUCAGAACAAUUAGGUGUUGAAAUAAAAGUUGGAGCUGCUGAUUCUGAACCAGAAGUAGGGAAAGUGAAUGACAAAAAGGUGAUUGAAGUGGUAAAAAAUGAUGAUUUUGAGGACUCUAAGUCCUUAAAUAGUGAUACUGAUGUAGAAGUUACCUCUGAGGAUGAGUGGCAGUGUACUGAGUGCAAGAAAUUCAACUCUCCAAGCAAGAAGUACUGUUUUCGUUGCUGGGCCUUGAGGAAGGAUUGGUAUUCCGAUUGUUCUAAGUUAACUCAUUCUUUCUCCACGUCUGAUAUCACUGCCAUACCUGAAAAGAAGGAAAAUGAAGGAAUUGAUGUCCCUGAUUGUCGAAGAACCAUUUCAGCUCCAGUUGUUAGACCUAAAGAGGGAUAUGUAAAAGAAGAAAAUUCCAAACUUUUUAAUCCCUGUAACUCAGUGGAAUUCUUGGAUUUGGCUCACAGUUCUGAAAGCCAAGAGACUAUUUCAAGCCUGGGAAAACUAUCAGAUAACCUUUCUGAGCACAGAACAGAUAUGGAAAGUAUGGAGGAUUGCCAGAAUAUCUUGAAGCCUUGUAGCUUAUGUGAGAAAAGACCGCGAGAUGGGAACAUUAUCCAUGGGAAGACAAGCCAUCUUACCACUUGUUUUCCAUGUGCUAGAAGACUAAAGAAGACUGGAGCUUCGUGCCCUAUUUGCAACAAAGAGAUUCAAUUGGUUAUUAAGGUUUUUAUAGCAUAGUUGAAUCAGUUGUAGAGAAAUAUUGGGAGGAUUAGGUCAUUCAUCAAAACAUCAGUAUUCUUGUGAGGCAGAGGCAGGAAGAUUACAGGUUUUAGGUCAUCUUGGUCUACAUAGUGAGACUUGUCUCCAAAGAAAAGUAAAGCAAUCAGUAUUGCGCAUCUACUCCAUGUGGCCUGCUGUAUGUGUUCAUUUGCUCAUGUGAACAUCUGUUUUGGGUCAUUUUUUGCCUCUAAUCUUAUAUGAAAUUUGAGAAUAUUUUAGAACUAGAUAUCAAUCUGGGGGACUAUAUGAACACGGUAAAUAUGUAAGGCAUUUCAUUGUCCCUCCAAAGAUGACAAUUUGGGAGGAAACUUAUCAGUAUAAACCAAAAUGCAUUCAUUUAUUCACUUACCAGAUUGUCUGAAGACUUAGCUCUUUAAUUGUUCUCUACCCUACUUUACAUUCUUCUGUUGUCAGAAUCCAAGGUAGUUAUUUAAAAAAUGCUAGGGGGCUGGAAAUUUGGCUCAGUGGUAGAGCACUUGCCUUGCAUGCCUGAGGCCCUGGGUUCGAUUCCUCAGCACCACA